UACGUAAGCGCCCGAAACCGCCCGUAACGUCCUGUACGGGAUCGCCCGAUGUCGCCCGAAAUGACGGUCGGUAAAACUCGGUAAUUUUCCACUCGGAACAAAACUCUCACGUGACUAACGACAACUGGAGUGUACUGUAAACAUAGCAGUAUUCAAAAUGGCGGCCUCCGUGAAAUUUUUUAUAUUGAAGAGUUUUGUGUAAAAAUGAAGGUUUUUCGUUGAAUUUUUGAAUGGCGUCAUCGGAUUCAGACGGCGAUUUUAAUGGAUUCGAUUCUUAUGACGUUGAAUGUGCCGAAUUGAAGCAAAAAGAGGUAAUAAAUGACCGUGAAUUGGAUGAUAAUUUUGACGAUGAAAGUGACAUUGAAAUUGAACAAGGACUGGAAUACGAUUCGUCUGGAGAGUCUAGCAGCGAAAAUGAUGACUUUGAGGACAUAUUAAAUAGGGACGAUCUCGAAUGGAGUCAGAUUACUCGCAAGGUAAUUAUCAAACGUUUUUCGGCAAAACAAGGACCGACUAAUUUUCCAAAUGUAGGUCAGAUUGACAUAGUUGAUGGCGCCGGAGAUGGUUCCAAGUUGCCUCCAGCUUCCGCAUAUUUUGAUCAGUUGAUUCCUAAUACUUUUUGGGAGACAUUGAAAUUAGAGACAAACCGUUAUUCAUCUCAAAAUGGACGUGAUGUAAAUAUAUCAGUGAGUGAACUGAAAACUUUUAUAGGUAUUACAAUGCUGAUGGGGUUGAUUGUUUUGCCGUCCCUGAAACAAUAUUGGUCGUCAGACCCCUCGUUGAACAGUGACUUCAUAAGGAAGUGCAUGUCUCGUGACAGAUAUUUUGCAAUUCAAAGAGAUUUGCAUCUCACCGAUUCUACUAAACAGCCAGCUAAGGGUGCAGAUGGUUUUGAUCGUUUGUAUAAAGUAAGACCCAUGAUAGACAUGUGCAAAAAAUCUUUUAGAGAACAAUAUGAUCCCCCACAAAAUAUAAGUAUUGAUGAGGGUAUGGUUAAGUAUAAGGGUCGCCUCGGAUUUGUACAAUACAUGCCCAUGAAACCCACGAAAAGAGGUAUAAAAGUUUGGAUUGCUGCUGCGUCUGAUACAGGUUACGUACAUGCCUUCAAUGUUUACACUGGCAAAAGCCUCGACGGAGUACAAGAAAAAAAUCUUGGACACAAGGUUGUUAUGGACCUUAUGGAAACCAUGUUAUACGAGUAUCGACAUGUUUACUUCGAUAAUUUUUUCACUAGUAUUGAUUUGGCAAUCGAACUCUUGAAUAAAAAGACAUACUGCUGUGGUACUAUUCGGUCCAAUAGGAAAUACUAUCCACUAUCACAUGUUCAUAAACUUGCUAAAGGCAGUACCAAAUUUAUUCAAAGUAACAACUUGAUCGCAACAGCAUGGCAGGAUAAAAAGACGGUGCACAUUUUGUCUACGAACUGUGAUGCUGAAAUGUCGGUAGUACAACGCAGAACAAGAGCUGGAAUUAUUGAAAAUGUUUCAAAACCACUUUGCAUAAUUAAUUACAACAAAUGUAUGGGGGGAGUAGACUUGGGUGACCAGCUCCGCCAAUACUAUUCUUUUGGCCGUACAAGCCUAAAAUGGUGGCGCUAUUUGUUUUACUUUUUACUAAAUGUUGCAUGUGUAAACAGCUUUCUGAUUUAUAAGCUUCACAUGAAAGCACUGGGUAAAACCCCAAUGACUCAACUUGAAUUUCGUCAUUCGCUGGCUAAGUGUUUGAUUGGUGGAGCAGUUUCUAAAAGUUACAGACGCACCCCAAAACGUAAAUUAGAAAACUUGUUCGAUGAAAGCAACAUAUCUGGUCAUUCGCUAGUUCAUUUUUCUGGGCGCAAACGUGUGUGUGUUUUGUGCAGUGCCUCAGGAAAAGGUGCACCAAGUGGUAGAGGGAUCCAAUCGUCAUUCGGAUGCAAUAUCUGUUCUGUUAAUUUGUGUAAAACAUGCUUUCCACUGUACCACGCAUCUCAGUCAAAAUAGACAUUUGUAAUAACAAUGAACUUGGACCAAAGAUUUGUUGAUAUUUUGCUGAUUUUAAAAUGGACUAUGUUCUAGUUUUAAUUUUUACUUUUUAUUUA